UAAUAUUGGGGUGUGUACUUCGUGUGUGCGUGUGCGUGUGGGUGCGCACAAGUAAAUCCGGAGUCGAGUUGAUAUUCAAAGUAGGGAACUCACGGGUGUCCAUUUUGGCUCUUCUGUCAUUCACUAGUGUUCAUAACUUGGAGAGGAAGCCUGUCAUUUGUAUAGUGAAAUAAAAAAUGGUAGGUUUUUUUUAAAUUAAUCUUUGACUUCUGACGCUGGGGAAGAAAACCAGCUGUGGAUUAAGCCCACUGAACUCAGUUAGUGAUGCCUUUACCCAAAUUGCAUUUUAAAACCACCUGAAGAAUCCGGUUGCCGGGCCCGCAUCCUCGCCCGGGACUUUGAGUUGAUUUGGCAGAGGGUGUUGGAUGUGCCCCCGCGUGGAGUCUCGCACUCGCCGGUCUGCACUGCCCCUGAGAUGGCACUCACCGUGUGAUGGCAACCAGACAGCGUCCAGAUUCCUCAGUCUUGACGCGUCGACUCGUCUUUCUGGCCUUACGUCUUUUUUUGAAACGUGGGACCUUGAGCUUGAGGCAGAUGGCUCGUCCUUGCAAGUGGCUUUUGCUUUCUUGCCUUCUGAUCCCUUGUCCCCCUGCAGUGGUACAUCACCCCCGCAUCCGGCCGGGGAGUUUCUCAUUCCCAGCCUCUCUUCCACUCUGCCUUUUGGGAUGUUGCCUCUUGCUCGUCCUCUCUCCCUGCUGGCUGCCAUUGGAGCUGAGCCCUGGCCCCACCUGCCUGUGGCCGUGCCUGCUGUGGCCCGGCCCUCUCUCCUCACGUCAGGCCUCUGUUGGGGACGGGCAUUCUUAACAGAUCGGGCGUUCACGGGUGCGCUAGAUCUCUCUGAUGUGCAUUCUCCACCGAAGUCACCGGACGGCAAGACGAGCGCACACAGCGGUCCCAGCAAGAUACCAAGGUACACAGGACAAGGUAAGAAGAAGACAAGCAGGCGGAAGUCUGGUGCCAAGAAGGCCAACAGUGAGGCCAGUCAGAGUGACACGAGUCUCUCCUCAUCAGAACCAAAGAGCAGAAGCAGUCUCCACUUGCUGACUCAGGAAACGAAAAUUGGAUCUUUCCUAAAUAACAAAAGUCUCGAUGUCAAAGACAAAGCUGGUCUUUGUCCAGACGGAGAUGAUAUGGAAGGGGAUUCUUUCUUUGAUGAUCCCAUUCCUAAACCAGAAAAAACUUACGGUUGGAGGAGCGAGCCCGGGGCGCCCGCCGGAAGCCUCGCCUCGCUCUCGGACGCGCCCCCCUUGAAGAGCGGCCGCAGCUCCUUGACCGGAGCCCCCGGAGCCCCCGGAGCCCCCUCGUCCGCAGAGGCCGGAAGUAAGAGAGGAAACACGGUUUUGAAAGAUCUGAAGUUGGUCAAUGAUAAAGUUGGAUCUCUUGGGUUAGGGACUGGAGAAGACGACGACUAUGUUGAUGACUUUAACAGUACCAGCCAUCGCUCAGAAAAAAGUGAGCUGAGUAUUGGUGAAGAGAUCGAGGAAGAUCUUUCUGUGGAAAUGGACGACAUCAAUACCAGUGACAAACUUGAUGACCUGACGCAGGACCUGACUGUGUCCCAGCUCAGUGAUGUCGCGGAUUAUCUGGAAGACGUUGCGUAGACACGAAAGGAGGAAGUAUUCUCAUCCACAAAGGACAGAGGACUCUGAUCAGUUGCAUCCCCCCCCCACCCGCCCCAGACAAUCACUCUUUGCUGGAAUGUCUGCUCCCUGUUGGUGCCUUGUGUUUCAAAAAGACUGCAGAUAUUUUUAAAAAUUAACUUUUCGUUAUACUAAACAAACGCUUCCGACUCGAGCCCAUGUGUGGAAGAUACAAGUUCUUAAUUUGGUUUGGCUACACAUUUCUCUGUGGAAAUUGAUUAUCUACAACUCAGACUCCUCACAGGGAGUGAACCCAUGAAAAUAUGAGUAUUAAGAGCAUCCUGAAAGGUGUCAAUAAAGCUGUAGGUUCACACAACUGUGUGUGUGUGUGUGUGUGUGUGUGUGUGUGUGUGUGUGGCUUGAGCCAUCUAGAAUCAAAGCAUAUUCGAUAUUAGGUGGUUCUGCACAUACUUGGCAAAACGGCCUGGUACAUGUGUAGCACUGAAGCCUGUUACUUUAAGUUGAAUUUGACGUGUCCACUUUAUUGUGUAUUUCCUUCCAUCUGGAAGGGUUGUUAGACCAGGAAGCUUAUAUGAAAACACUUGUGUGUGUGCUACGUAGUUUCGCUUGAUUUGAAGAAAUCUAGAGGUUGCUCUGACUUUUAGUUCCUGGACUUGGCGCUGACAUUAGUGGUCGCUGCCCAGGUCCACGUAAGGAGCGUCAGUGGCAGGUUGUGUUCUUUAUCGUUAUAAUUUAUUGCUUAUAAAGAUGCCUGGAAACAGACGAAAUGCCAAAGGUGUCGGAGAGCAUGAAGCGGUGCUUCUAUUUCAGAUGUGUAGGCUGGUCGUAUUCAAAUCCAGAUUGGGCUGGAACAGUGGUGAUGGCCUAAGACCACAUCUGGUGUGACGGGCUUUACCCACUCACUCUAGGUCGUUCCACCGCGGCCCUUUGCACACGGGGCCGGUGCCGGCCUGGGGGCAGCCCCCCUCCCCCGCACCUGCCGAGCUGCUGUCCACGUAGGUCACCGAGGGCUCUGAGGUCUCCGUUCCAGACAGCCCACAGAGGGCACGUCCGUUCCUGUUUGUGUAAGUGACGCCGUGAUUAUGUGUUACGUUCUGUACUUUUUUAUUUGAAUUAAAUUAUGCUUUUUAUUAAAAGUCAUCUCUAUUAAUAAAGAGUGAACUAGA